UGCAAUGACAACACAGUCUUUCUCAGUCUCAACCGCCUUAAAGACUUAUAUUAGGAGUAGCAAAUUUGUUUUAACUUGUGCUCUGUCCACUAGAAUAUACACGGAAACCCAAUCUCAUACAACAAAUUAUAGUCAAGUUCCUUUUUUUUUCUUUAGAAGAAAGGCUCGAUGACAACGAAAGCAGAGCUUGUUUUCAUUCCUUCACCUGGAGCAGGUCACCUUAUCUCCGCCAUUGAAAUUGCAAAACUCAUUCUCAACAGAGAUGAAAGACUUUGCAUUUCUGUCCUCAUCAUGAAGCUUCCAAUGGAUUUCGGCGUUCAAUCCUACGUCGCAUCACUUUCUUCUUCACCUCGCUUGCAGUUCGUCGAUAUCACCCUUGACGAGAAAACUGUUGCUGGAUUGUUGAAAAAUAAGGAAUCCUUCUUCACUGACUUUAUUCAAGGUCACAAACCAAAAGUAAAAGAUUUUAUUCAUAACACAAGCUUUUCUAAAUCCGGUUCGGGGUUUUCUCGGCUUGCAGGCUUUGUUCUUGACAUGUUCUGUACCUCUAUGAUUGAUGUGGCAAGCGAAUUUAGUGUUCCGAGUUAUAUUUUCCUCACUUCAAAUGCUGCUUUUCUUGCACUUUGUUAUCAUUUUGAGUCCCUUAAAAAAGAGCAUCAUAUAGAUACCUCUAAGUACAAGGACUCUGAUGAAGAGUUAACAAUCCCUGGUUUUAAAAACCCGUAUCCAGGGAAAUUCUUGCCUAGAUUGACAACAGAUCAAACAACCGCGACGACCUUAUUCUUCGAUUCUGUAACUCGAUUCAAAGAGACGAAGGGUAUUAUGGUCAACACAUUCGCGGAGCUUGAACCUUUUGCUCUUCAGUCUCUUUUAGUUCCGAAAAUAUAUCCAGUUGGUCCUGUGGUGAAUUUUAAAGAAGGGGGUCACGGUCGAAACAGCGAAUCGGAAACAGAAAGUAUUAUCAAAUGGUUGGAUGAUCAGCCAGAAUCCUCUGUAGUGUUUUUGUGCUUUGGAAGUAUGGGAAGUUUUGAUGCCGAACAGAUCGAAGAAAUAGCAGUUGCAUUGGAGUGCAGCGGUCACAGGUUCUUGUGGUCCUUACGAAGACCUCCACCGAAGGGGAAAAUGGAGCUGCCGAGUAAUUACGAAGAUUUUCAGGAAGUGCUACCAGAAGGGUUUAUUGAAAGGACAAAUGGGGUCGGGAAAGUUAUAGGAUGGGCACCUCAAGUGGCAGUACUAUCUCACCCUGCAGUGGGUGGAUUUGUAUCUCAUUGUGGAUGGAAUUCUGUGCUUGAAAGCUUGUGUUUUGGAGUCCCAAUAGGCGCUUGGCCACAGUACGCGGAACAGCAGAUGAAUGCCUUCGAGUUGGUUAAACAAUUGGGGCUGGCAGUGGAGAUUCGAAUGGACUAUUUCAAGGACUUCGAAGGGAAACAUGGGCCUGUCGAGAUUGUUACUGCGAAGGAAAUUGCAAGUGGCAUACGACAGCUGAUAGCGGAUGGCGAGGAGAAUGAAAUCAGGAAAAGGGCGAAGGAAAUGAAAGAGAAAAGCAGUGCAGCCAUGAAGGAGGGUGGUUCAUCUUAUGCAUCUCUUGGGCUUCUAAUUGAGGAUGUCAUUAGUAACAUUUCUUGAUCAUUGGCUGCUAUAUCUUUGAAUAAUUUUUAUUACAUAAUUUCAUUGAGGGAUAAAGGGAAAAGAGCCGAAAGAAAGUGAGAACUGAACUAGUACUGUAACAGAUAGUGCGUGGAACAGUGGAAGACUCUCACAAAUGCUCUUAGACUAUAAACCUUGUGAAACUGGUUAUAUCUUGUAGAGACUAUGCUAUCAAUAUCCUUUUUGCAUUACA